CGUUUCAAAAUCAGUUUCAACCAGCCAUCCGAACAAGUCACAUCCAACGGAAAGUGUCCAAUCCCAAAAGCAUAACAUUUGACAAAACACCAAACAAAAUAAACACCAAUUAUUUAUUUACGAAAAUUGUUGAAAGAAGCGCAGACAAAGAAAAAAAAACGCAACAGUGCAUUGAGAAAAGUUUUCGGUUUACAACUACACUGUGGAUAUACAAAGAACAAAAUACCAAUCGCCAACCAGUAUUGUCGCUAAAUGGCAGUGUCAGCUUUAACCAUGACUCCAUAUUUUGCUGGAUACCCCUUUCAAGGACAGGGCCGUGUCAAUCAAUUAGGCGGUGUCUUCAUUAACGGACGUCCCUUGCCCAACCACAUUCGCAGGCAGAUCGUGGAAAUGGCUGCGGCUGGAGUACGUCCCUGUGUUAUUUCGCGCCAACUGCGUGUCUCGCACGGCUGCGUUUCAAAGAUCCUCAAUCGCUACCAGGAGACGGGGUCAAUUCGCCCCGGUGUUAUUGGUGGCAGCAAGCCGCGUGUGGCCACUCCAGAUAUUGAGGCCAAAAUUGAAGAAAUGAAGCAGGAGAAUCCUGGAAUCUUCAGCUGGGAAAUUCGUGCCAAACUGAUCGAGUCGGGGGUCUGCGACAAGAACUCAGCUCCUUCGGUCAGUUCUAUAAGCCGUCUAUUGCGUGGUGGUUCUGGCAGUGAAUCCGGUCCCAAUGGUCACUCCAUUGACGGCAUUUUAGGACCCUUGUCGGGGCACUCUGCCGACGACACCGAUGACGACACUGAGCCCGGUGUAGAACUAAAGCGCAAACAACGCCGAUCCCGUACCACAUUCAACAAUGAACAGGUCGACGCCUUGGAACGCGUCUUUGCCCGCACUCAGUAUCCCGACGUCUACACCAGAGAGGAACUGGCUCAGUCCACAGGACUGACUGAAGCUCGUGUUCAGGUGUGGUUCUCCAACAGACGUGCUCGAUUGCGCAAACAAUUGAACACCCAACAAGUCGGAUCUUUCGCAGCCACCACCCCCACCUUUGCUGCGACUUCUGCGUCCCAGUACCCUGCUGCUGCCCACCAUAUGCCUUCGGCUGCUGCCAUUAGUCACUCCCAUAAUAUGGGCCUGUACACACAACCUCCAACCUGGCCAACCAUCGGAGCACAGCAGUCCAACUCAAACUUUGAACAGAAUCAUACCUAUGCCCACUCUACCGGAUCAACAGCCUCCAUGUCGCCCCACAGCUCGUCAGGCUACAGCUCAGCCUCCUUGUCGCCCAGCCAUCAAACCCAAAACCAUGCUACUUCGAGUGCCGACAGCAGCAAUUAUAUUAAUUCCUCCGCUAGCUAUGGCCAACCAGCCCCCGGUCAAUCAUCGUCAGCUUACACUUCAUCGUCCACUUAUCCCGCAGUGCCAGGAGCCGCAUCCUUUGCGGCUUCUUCGGCCGAUCAAUUGCGCUCCCAAUUUGCCUCCGCGGCUGCAACUGCGACCCACCCCCACCCUUCUUCCUGGGACUCCUACAACUUCUCCGGGCCAUUCUUCAGCUCAGCCGCAAACCCCAUGAGCUCGUACCACACAUCGAUGGUCGACUCCAAACCAGCAGCUGCCUCCUCAAGUGCCUAUCCUUACUUUGGAUUCUAAAAGUACACCUGAUUAGCGAUUCAGUGCUACAUGUUCUGCAAUUCUAUUAAUUGAUUAGUUUAUAAGAUUCAUAUGUGUAUAUAUUUAUGUUAACGUUGUACUUUUCCUAAUAUGGUUGCCCAGAUAAUAACCUGGAAUUUGAGACUGUUUUAGUUGCUUAAGCUUAAGUGUGUACUUCUAUAGAAUAGUGUAAGCGUUUUUUGUUCAAUUAUAAAAAUAAAUGGUAUUAAAAAUCAAGGUAUCAAAAAAUUA